AUGGCAGAGAGUUGUCAGGAAUUAUCAUUUUGGGGUCAUUUUGAAUCUGAAGAAUAUAAUAAUCGUGGAAAUUAUAAAGAACUCUUAUAUUUAAUCAGUAAAUAUGACGAAAAAUUGGCAAGCCAUCUACGAAAAAUUCGCAAGCCAUCUCGUAGACACAGCUUCUACCUCUCAAACAGAAUUCAAAACGACUUGAUCGAUGCAAUUCAAAAGGUUAUGUUGUAUGAAAUACAAAAUGAACUUAAUGAGGUUACAUCCGUUGCUAUUUAUGUUGAUGAAACAUCUGAUUUAUCGGCAUAUUCACAACUGUCAACUGCUUUAUGUUAUGUUACAAAAGAUUGUGUUACGAAAGAACGAUUUAUCGGUUUUAAUUAUCCUAGUACAGAUCGACCUGCAGAUGGCUAG